AUUACACUACAAAUCCCAGCAAGCAUUUCUCCUUCACGCACGACAACAAACCGCUGUGUUCUGGGCACAAGACCGUUUAGACUUGUUCUCCGGUGGAAAUGGGAGGAUUUUUGUUUUUGUUUUUUUAGAAUAAAUUGAGCACAAUGAGCUACUCUGCAUUACUGCGACUGUACACUGGAAACAGACUCCUGUUUGUCUACAGUGGUGUCAGUCUUCGCCUGCUUAGCUCCAGACCUCGAUCUGUCCGUAGCUUAAGAGAAAGCCUGCGCCUCCUGCAGCUGCCUGAGGAUGAGGUCAGCAGCCAUGCCGCAGUCAAAGAAGCCUACUUGUGCAUGGCCAAACUGUAUCACCCUGACUCUGGAGCCCCUACCGCUGAUGCUUCUUUAUUCUCCCACAUAGAAGAGGCUUACAGAGUUGUACUAGCUCACUUAUCACGGCAAAAAUCUACAUCUCAGAACACUCAAGAAGAGGAAGAGGAGGAAAAGGUUAAAGGUCAUACACCACAACACAGACAAUACCUCAGCUAUGAAGGCAUGGGCUCUGGAACACCCAGCCAGCGUGAACGACAAUAUCGGCAGUUCCGGAUGGACAGAGCUACAGAUCAGGUGUUGGAGUACCGCUACAAAGCCAUGGAGAAAGCAGCAGCAGAAGAAGGAGCCAUGGUUCAGAGGGAUAUGCGUCUGCGAAGCAAGAAGAUCCAGAUAACACAGGCUAUGGAGAGGCUGGUUGAGGAUCUCAUCCAGGAGUCUAUGGCACGCGGUGAUUUCCGCAACCUCGGCGGCGCCGGCAAACCACUCAACAAAUUCGAGCACAACCCCUAUGCAGACCCCAUGACCCACAACCUCAACCGCAUCCUCAUUGAUAAUGGCUACCAACCUGAAUGGAUCGUGGCACAGAAGGAGAUUAGAGAGACAAUUGAGAAGAUGCGCAAGAGACUACAGAAUGUCCGGGCCAGACUUGGAGACCCAAUGAAACACACUGAACAGAUCCAGUGGAAAGAACACUGUGCCUCUUUCUCUGACGAACUGGCUAAACUCAACAAGAAAGUAGACGAUUUCAACUUGAUCGUACCUCUGAUGAGUUUGCAGAUGGUUCAUUUUAAUAUGAAAAGAGAGUUGGAUAAAGCACUGAAAACUGAUCAACAGCAUAGAAAGGAGAAGGAGCUAGAGAAAGAGAGGAAGCGUAUAGAAGAGAGCGAGAAUGCAGCAACCUCUCAGCAGAACAGUAAGCAAGGUCUUAUUACAUGGAUGCAGAGUCUGCUCAAAUGAAAGGAUGUCUGAAUAAUGCUGUAUUUCAAAAUACUGCUGUAAACAGCAUCAAGUUGAGGAGAUUACACAAGUCUUUAGAAUGAUUUACAUUUUAUUUGACUGUUUUAAAAGAAAAUAUAAUCAGCUCAGUUCUCAUGAUGACACUCAUUGUGACACAUCAGCAUCAUGUAAAUAAAAAGCAUAUUUAAAGUUA